GUGUGUGUGUGUGUCUGUGUGUGUGUGUGUCUGUGUGUGUCUGUGUGUGUGUGUGUGUGUGUGUGUGUGUGUGUGUCUGUGUGUGUGUGUGUGUGUCUGUGUGUGUGUGUGUGUGUGUGUGUCUGUGUGUGUGUGUGUGUGUGUGUGUGUGUGUGUGUGUGUGUGUCUGUGUGUGUGUGUGUGUGUGUGUGUGUGUGUCUGUGUGUGUGUGUGUGUGUGUGUCUGUGUGUGUGUGUGUGUGUGUGUGUGUGUGUGUGUGUGUGUGUGUGUCUGUGUGUGUGUGUGUGUGUGUGUGUGUGUGUGUGUGUGUGUGUGUGUGCACAACAGGGCAAUGCUCAGCGAGUGGUUUUGGUGGGAUCGUUUGUGGUUGCCUGUGAAUGUCACAUGGGCGGAUCUGCAGGAUAAAGAGGACCGGGUUUAUGCUCAUGUCUCUCAUCUGUAUAUGGUUUUACCCCUCGCUGUACUGCUGCUGGGCCUCAGAGUCCUGUACGAGAGACUACUGGCUCCGCCCAUCGCUGCAGCCCUCAGAGUGAAAGACAAAGUCCGCCUGAGAGCCUCAAAUAAUCCCACACUGGAAAAGUAUUAUAAAACACACUCUAAACAUCCAUCACAGCUUGAUGUUAGAGGGCUCAGUAAGAAGUUGAGCUGGUCAGAGCAUCAGAUCGUACGAUGGUUUCGCAGACGGAGAAAUCAGGACAGACCUGGAGUGCUGAAGAAGUUUAGAGAAGCCAGUUGGAGGUUUGCGUUUUAUCUCUGCGCUUUCAUCGGAGGUCUCGUGGCGUUACAUGACAAACCGUGGUUUUAUGAUUUACGGGAAGUGUGGGCAGGAUUUCCUAAACAGACCCUGCUGGACUCGCAGUACUGGUAUUAUAUGAUUGAGAUGGGUUUUUACAGCUCCCUGUUAUUCAGUGUGGUUGUGGACAUCAAACGUAAGGAUUUUAAAGAACAGUUGGUUCACCACUGGGCCACUUUAACACUGCUGUCCUUCUCCUGGUGUGCAAACUACAUCCGCAUCGGGACUCUGGUCCUGCUGGUGCACGACGUUGCUGAUGUUUUAUUAGAGUUGGGGAAGGUGUUUAAUUACGCCGGAUGGACGUGUGCCUGUAACAGCGUCUUCGUCCUCUUCACGGUGGUCUUCAUGGUCACCAGGCUGGUCAUCUUCCCCUUCUGGUUGAUCCACUGUACGUGGGUUUAUCCUCUGGAACAGUUUCAGCCAUUCUUUGGAUAUUAUUUCUUCAACGGCAUGCUGGUGGUGCUGCUGCUGCUGCACGUGUUCUGGGCGUCGCUCAUCCUGCGCAUGGUCAUCAAACUCAUGUUUGGUGAAAUGAAAGGUGAUGAAAGAAGCGAUGAGGAAGAGGAGGAGAGUCAGGAUGAAGCACAAAACCACAAGAACAAACGCUGUGACAGUUCUGCUAACGGAUUAUCUAACGGUCACUGACUCAAAACCGGACGCUUGGACUGAGAGGAGCUGUGAGGAUGUCGAUUCAACUUUAUGUCCAUAUUGGGCACGAAAACCUUUCCCUAACUGACUCAAGACCUUCAGAGGCUUUUCUUUUUAAACAGCUUUUUCAGAACAGGUUUAAACUCAGCGCAGGGUUCAGACUCCCCUUUGGAGUGCAUCUGGAGCAUCUGGAUUUAUGUGUGAUUGACCAUGUUGUGUGUAAAUCUUUAAUUUAAGGUUCUCUAAUAAAUUAUUUAUAAUCAGGUGUAGUUCAAUCAUUUAAAAAAGUCUUUUAAACAAUUCAUUAAUUAAUCUCAGAAUUUCAACUCCUCAUUGGGACACACUGCUUUCCAAAGAUUUUCCAAAGAUCCAAAGAUUUUAUUUCAGUUUUUGUAGGUUUUAACCUUCUUUCUAAAUAUAUAUAUAUAUAUAUAUAUAUAUAUAUAUAUAUAUAUAUAUAAGAUUAUUUAGUUCAAGAUUCUGUCACCUCUCUAAAGAACCUCUACAGAAGAGUGUAUGUGGGUCAGAUGAAGGUCAUCUCUCUGUCAUCUCUCUAUAUAAAACUUGAACUAAAUAAUCUUAAAUAUUUAUUACUUAGUUACAUCAGUACUUGGUUAUUAAGGUUUAAUUAGUAAAUGAUUUAUUACUUACUUAUAAUUGGUUUAUUUCCUGAACCUUAAAUUAGAGUGAUUACAUCCAUCCGUUUUCUAUACCGCGGGGAACCUGGAGCACACUUACAUUUACAUUUAUUCACUUAGCAGACGCUUUUAUCCAAAGCGACUUACAAAUGAGAAAGAGCAUAUCCCGGUGGGCACGGGGCACAGGGCGGGGUACACCCUGGACAGGGGGCCAAUCGCAGGGCACAAUCACACACACAUUCACACACACACACUACAAACACUUUGGACACUUUAGACACGCCAAUCAGACUACCGUGCAUGUGUUUGGACUGGGGGAGGAAACCGGAGUACCCGGAGGAAACCCCCGCAGCACGGGGAGAACAUGCACACUCCACACACACAGGACAGCGGCGGGAAACGAACCCCCGACCCUGGCGGCGUGAUGCAAACACGCUAACCACUAAUCCACCGUGCGCCCUUGAGUGAUUACAAUAAUAAAUAACGUCAGCGGUGACACUUUACAUUAAAGUUCCCUCAACACGCAUUAUUUACAUCAUCAUUACCAUACUUAUCAUCGUUAAAAACACACCAAAAACUUCGACAUUAAUGCAUUAAAAUAAUGUUAACAAAAUCACGUGACCAUAAAGAGCAGCUGAUUAUUACCGUUACACCACAGUGCUGUUGGAGUCUGAGUUCUGGAUGGUGAUUGGUCAGAAGGUGAUCUGACAGUAGCGCAGGUUUAUAUUAAUGCUCUCGCUCUAAUACCUUAUCGUAAAACACGUGGGAACGUGCUGUUGUAGGAAAGUAAUCAACUCUGGGGUGGACAUGUAAUUUAUUCUAAUUCAUGAGGAUUUAAUUGAAGUUCUGAUGGAAUUCAGGGGUCUGUAGUGAUAUUUAAGCAAAUAAUGAAGACGUUUUAAUGGACAUUGUUAGGAUGUUAACAUUCCUGGUGUUGAGUUUAUGUUCAUUAAAGGAACGUGAAUGUAAAUGUUAACAGCACACACUUUUCCCAUUGUCAUUUUUGUAUUGAACACGUAUUAAAUAAUAAAGUUUAUUACCUGAAUAAUUA